UUUCAGUCAACAUCACGUUAUUUAUUCGACAAUUUGAAUUUGAGGUAGCUUUUUCUAUGGACUAAACAUCCUCAACUAGAGUUAUAAAUACCCACAUGAGGUAUAAUCUUAAACACAAAAGUAAGAAAGUUUGACAAUGGAAAGGGCAAGUUUCAUUGGUGCAGUAGUACUAGUAGUGCUUGUGGGGUUGUUCACCUCAGAAGUAAGAGUAGAAUCAGCAGCUUGGCAGAAAGCUCAUGCAACUUUCUAUGGUGGAAGUGAUGCCUCAGGAACUAUGGGGGGUGCAUGUGGGUAUGGAGACUUGUACAAAGAUGGUUAUGGAAUAAAAACAGCUGCAUUGAGUACUGCUUUGUUUAAUGAUGGAAAGUCAUGUGGUGGUUGCUAUCAGAUUGUUUGUGAUGCAAGUCAAGUUCCCCAAUGGUGCCUCAGGGGAACUUCCAUAACAAUUACUGCCACUAAUUUUUGUCCCCCAAACUUUGCUCUUCCUAGUGACAAUGGUGGUUGGUGUAAUCCUCCUAGACCACAUUUUGACAUGUCCCAACCUGCUUUUCAAAUGAUCGCCAAAUAUAAGGCUGGGAUUGUUCCAAUCCUUUACAGAAAAGUUGAGUGCAAAAAAAGUGGAGGCAUAAGAUUUAAAAUCAAUGGAAGAGACUAUUUUGAACUAGUGCUUAUAAGCAAUGUAGGGGGAGCAGGUGAUAUCUCCAAAGUUUGGAUCAAAGGGUCUAAAAUGAGAAACUGGGAAUCUAUGUCAAGAAAUUGGGGUGCUAACUGGCAAAGCUUAAGCUAUCUAAAUGGUCAGAGUCUGUCCUUCAGAGUCCAACUCAGUAAUGGAAAGACUCUCACGGCUGUUAAUGUGGUACCCUCUAGUUGGAGAUUUGGUCAGUCUUUCAUCAGCAAGGUUCAGUUCUGAUUGAAAGGAUACUCAUAAAUAUUACUCAAUAUACAUUAGUCUUCACUUCAUCCUUUUACAAAUAUACAUCCAUGUCAAUUUACUGACUUGUCUUCACUUCACUUCAUCCUAUUAUAUUAGUGAAUCU